AUGCAUAAAGAACGCCUGCGACCUAAGGGCUUUGCUGGGCCUAGCGCUGCCCAGAACCCGUUUCCCUCUAACCCUGGUCUCGGAGAGUUGGUGGGGAAUUAUGGAAAACAUCUUUACCGGGGCUGUGAUUGUAUAGAAGAGAGAGUCAAACUGGAAGCAGUGAAGGGACUCCUCCUCCGGCCGCCGCUGUCUGGCUGUGUUGCAGCAGCUUGUACCAAGAGUGUGGAGGGCAUCGGUUCAGAAGGCACGUGGUCUUUGCAGGUGGGCUGGCAAGAGGAGGUGGACAACAGAGUUCUUCAUGCUGCUUCCUUUUGGAGACACCACAGAUACUUAGUUUCUUCUGGUGAAACAGUGUGGGCAGAUGAUGACUGGCUGAAGAAGUUUUCUGGGAAGACUCUUGAAGAGAAUAAAGAGGAAGAAGGGUUGGAGCCUCCCAGAGUGGAAACCUGGGAGGGAGAGCCCACGGCAAAAAAGGUCCGGUCGAAUCCGAUGACCAUGUACAUGGACAUCAAGAUUGGGAACAAGCCGGCCGGCCGCAUCCGGAUGUUGCUGCGUUCCGACGUUGUUCCCAUGACAGCAGGGCCAAAUGUUUGCUCAAGGCUUCCCAGUAAGAAGAGAAAUUCUGGAAAGCUCCCCCUUCAGCUUCCUGGAGGUCGCAGGUGGGUGCUGGACUUGGGGAGGGGUUCCUCAGCAGACGUACCCGGCCGCAUGGCUCACUCUGAGUCCCUGUCGGUCCCUGCAGGCCGGGACUUUCACGGGCAGGGGAUUGUGGAAGUCCCCACCUCCUCCUGAGAGAGGACCACAUUUAGAUUUUUUAGGAAAAAUGCAGCCUUAAAGUAAACACAGCAGCACCUCCUGGGCAUGCUCUGGGAGGAGCAGGUGUUAACGGGAAGGCCAAUGGGGGGGGCACAGCUACGCCAGUUCACUUAAACUAAGACCACUGGUAGAUGCUAUUCGUUCGGCACUGUGCAGACGCAGUGCCAAGGGCUUUCGAGGACGCACCUGAUCCCACGAUGGCCUUGCAAGGACAGAACCAAUACCCCAUUCAGAGGAAGAAAACCUCUCACUCAGAUGUGACAAAAUGUGGUCAGUUUAACAAGAGGCAGAGCCAGGAUUCCACGCCAGGUCUCCUGGCUCCAAAACCCACCCUGUCCUAUUCACAGCCCCCUUUCCUGUGCCUUUCUGGGCACUUCUUGAAGCAUGUUACCUACGUCCCUACAGAGAGACACAAGAAUGGGGCUUUGCCUGAUGGGCUGGCGUCGGGCCAGGGCUGUGCCGGGACGGUGGAGAUGCGGCACACAGAGCAGCCCCCCCACGCUAAGGGCCCCAAACUUGGCUGUUCCUCCGUGGCCUCUCUUCCUGGCAGCAUUUCCUUUGCUGUCAGCGGGCCCGAGCUGACCACCCUUACUUAGGCUUCUAAUGUGCAGCCUUGAAGGGAGCCUGGGCUGCCGGGGCAACCAUGUAAACAAGAUGGCUGCCCCUUCAUUGACUUUGCAUCCAUCGUUUUUCUCCAAGGCCUUUUCUGUUUGGUUUCCAUUUGGUGGCUGCCUGGAUGGCUGGAGGUUCUAGAAGUCUGUCAGAAAGGCCGUGACCACUCUACUUUCGACUUGAUUGCACAGAAAGGGAUUCAGAUCACGAUAUGUACCUGUUCGGCACACCCAAUGGGCAAGGCAGUCUGCACCUUUAAAACAUUUUACAAACUUA